AGAUUUUGUAACUGCUCAUAGACGAGAGAAAGCAGAAGAGGUGUCAAGAGUUAGAAGUGGCUGUUGGGGGGUUGCAGGCGUUGAAGAUCAGGGUCUACUAUCAACUGUUAGGAGUAGCCACACGAACACAUCAUGGCUCAACCACCACCUUUGGGACAGCCCGUUGGGCAACCGAUGGGGCAACCAAUGGGGCAACCAGUGGCCAGAGAUUCUAAAGAUGAGAAGCUAAGACAACUACAAGCCCAUACUCAAAUGGUCCGUAGCCUGAUAGACGAUAGCGAAAAUCUUUUCAUCUUAAAGGGCAAACAUGCUCAGCUCCAACAGGAUAAAGCGGCUUUAGAAAAAAAUAAUGAAGAGCUCUGGAAAAAUAACGAAUCCCUACAGAGAGAGGUCGAGGGUUUCGUAAAGAUGAGAGAGGAAGUCCUACCUUUAGUUAACGCCAUGGGUAUCAUGAAACCUGUUGGAGCAGGCGCUCCUAGAGGUCCGGGCCCACAACAAAUGCAGCCUGGGCCACCGCCAAUGCAAGCUGGACCGCCCCAGCAAAUGAUGGCUAGACCACCACCUCCACAGGGUGCCCCUACUCAACGAAGACCAUCACAGCCUGGCCCCCCACAACCUGGCCCCCCAAGGAGAUAAUCCUUACAUAACAUACCGGACUUACAGUUUUAACAUACAACAGACAAUGCCUUAUGGGCGUCGAAUUUUAUAUUGACACCAAACAUACGGUAAUAGACGGCAUAAUUUAAUUUUAACCAAUCAAAAUGACGAAGACACUGCAUUUAUGACUUUUACGCAAAUAUGACUUUUACUUGAAGUUGUACGUAUUUUAUCCUAUUUAUUAAAUUCAACCAUGGAUGAUGAAAUAAAUAUAUAGAUUUAAAGUUGAAAUAUGUGUUUGCAAUAAAAUAGUUU